AGUUGCUCUCAGAAUGAAAACCUAUCUGAUAGUUCUGCAAAACAUGGUCAGACUGCCCAAGGAGCACAAGAAAGAACCACAGCAAGACUCAUCAUGACCCUGAUGCUCAGAAUGCUGUUGUGUAUUGGUCUGAGUGUGGAACACAAGAUUACAGUACUGGAAGGAACCCUCCCAAAGCCCAUCAUCUGGGCAGAGCCACACUCUGUGAUUGCCAAAUAUACACCUGUGACGAUUUGGUGCCAGGGUCUUUGGGAGGCUGUGGAGUACCUUUUAUAUAAAGAGGGAAGCACAGAUCCUUGGGACAGACAGCUUCCUCUGGAACGUGAGAACAAGGCUAAGUUCCACAUUGAACACAUGUCCAAUGACUUUGCAGGGAUAUACAAGUGUUACUAUAGGAGCCCUGCUGGCUUGUCAGAGCACAGUGACACACUGGUGCUGGUACUAACAGGAGCCUAUGUUCAACCAAGCCUCUCUGUCAUGCCCAGCUCUGCUGUGACUUCAGGAGAGUCAAUAACCAUGCAGUGUAGCUCAUCACUGGGAUUUGACAGAUUCAUUCUGAUCCAGGAAGGAAUAUAUAACCUCUCAUGGACACUGAACUCACAGCAACAUGACAAGAUGUCAUUCCAGGCCCAUUUUGUUCUGGGCUCGGUGACAGCCAACCACAAUGGGACAUUCAGAUGCUAUGGCUAUUUUAAAAAUGUUCCCCAAAUAUGGUCAACAUCAAGUAAUCCCCUUGACAUUCUUGUUUCAGUCCCACAAGGAGAAGAAAUACACCAAGACCAGAAAGUUCUUAUCGGAGUUUUGGUGACCCUAUUCCUGCUUUUCUUCCUCCUGCUUCUUCUCAUCUUCUUAAGAUACCAGUGUAAAGGCAAAAAGAACUCAGCUGAUGCUUUUUCAUUUCAUGCAGUCCAAGAAGAGACCAACUUGCAACUUCUUGCAGGGGAUCCACAGUCCACACUCAGAGAUAGACUCCUUCAGAAGAGAUCCAAUCCGGAUACUGACAACAAGGAAGAAAACCUGUAUGCUUCUGUGAAGGACACACAACCUGAGGAGAGAGUAGAGCUGGAUAGUUGGAACCCACAGGGUCAAGAUCCCCAGCGAAUUGUUUAUGCCCAAGUGAAACCCUCCAGACAUCAGAAAGCAGGACUUACCUCUCCUUCUCCACUGUCAAGAAAAGAGUUGGACAUGAAGAACAAUCAAUCAGGAGAGAACAGAGAAGUUGACCCACAGGCUACUACCUCUAAGGAACCCCAGGAUGUGGUGUAUGCCCAGUUAUGCAGCAGGACACCAGAAUAGAACAACAGCUGAGACCAGGAAGCAGCCAGCAAUGGAAGAAGUCUCUGAUCCCAUAUUCCAUGGACAGAAACUAGGGGACAUAUGAGAUACUAUUUGUCCCCAGUGGAGUUCAUCUAAUGAAUGCCAGCCAUCAUACAUACCUCAUGUAUUAUCAGCAGGUUCUCAGAACUUUGGGGACUCCUUGAUUCUUUGAUCAGAAACAAUUAUUGUCCUUACAUUUUGUACAUAAAGCCAAAGCCUUCUCAAUAAACAAAGUAAUGACAAAUAAA